ACCUCCACAAGAACAUCACAUCAAGAUCGUCAUCAACCCACGCAGGGUUAGCCAAAAUGGAGACGAGCACACAAAACAAGAUUAGAGAAAUUGAAGGCGACCUCUUCGAUGCUCCAAAUGGCGCAGCAUUAAUCCAUGCGUGUAAUUGUCAAGGAUCUUGGGGAAAAGGAAUUGCAUUGGCAUUCCGAAACAAGUAUCCUACUGCAUUCGCGAUCUACCGAUCUUUCUGCCAGAACCAUGCGAGGAACAUUCAAGAUCAGGACGUCUCGCCGCGAACCGGGAGAAAGAUCCAGCUCCCCGAGGGACGCGCUCUAAUUAUCCCGCCCCAGGCGCAGGACUACGACGAGCAGGGGAGCAAGAAACACUGGAUUGUCUGUCUAUUUACGUCGCGGGGAUACGGGCGGAAUGUGAGUAGUGCAGAGGUGAUUCUCGAGAACACGGAGCUGGCCGUUGCGGAUAUGAAGAAACAGCUCCAGGAGCUAUCCGAGUCCCCGGCAGGUGAAUAUGAUAUCGCGGUUGAUGGAUUGUGGUCAUGUCGAUUCAAUGCUGGGCUUUUUGGAGUAGACUGGUCACUUUCACGCCAGGUACUAGAGGACUCCGGGUUGGAAGUUACUGUUGUUCGUCCUCCUGGUGAGAAGUAAGUUUGGUUUUGCCUGGGUUUAACUAUUUGUACACUGCAU